GACGCCAUUUUGUCAGCCAUUUCCUACACUGAUCCAUUGCCAGCGUAUCUGCACAGCACAGGACGCCCCGUCUGGCCUCAGCUUCAUCUGCCCGGGCUUGGUAAACAGCAGCGGGUCUUGCACACACGGUCCCCGGGUGGAUGAGAGACAGUCUAGCGGGUCGGUCGGCACCCACUAGACCCCUGAAAGGCGCUUUGCCCCGCAGGACAGACGCGGCACAAGUCACAGGCAGACAUGGCUUUGAAGAUUGUCAAAGGGAGCAUCGAUCGGAUGUUCGAUAAAAACCUUCAGGAUUUAGUACGUGGCAUUAGGAAUCACAAGGAAGAUGAGGCCAAGUACAUCUCCACAUGCAUCGAUGAGAUCAAACAGGAGCUCAAGCAGGACAACAUCGCUGUCAAAGCCAAUGCUGUGUGCAAGCUCACCUACCUUCAGAUGCUGGGCUAUGAUGUCAGCUGGGCCGCUUUCAACAUCGUUGAAGUCAUGAGCUCCUCCAAGUUCACAUACAAGAGGAUUGGCUACCUGGCAGCCUCACAGUGCUUUCACGAGAGCACUGAUGUCAUCAUGUUGACAACCAAUCAGAUCCGAAAGGAUCUCAGCAGUCCCAACCAGUAUGACACAGGUGUAGCCCUUACUGGCCUCUCUUGUUUUGUGACCCCUGACCUGGCUCGGGACCUGGCCAAUGACAUCAUGACACUGAUGUCCCACACUAAACCUUACAUCAGAAAGAAAGCGGUGUUGAUCAUGUACAAGGUGUUUCUGAAGUACCCAGAGUCCCUGCGCCCAGCUUUCCCCAGGCUCAAGGAGAAACUGGAGGACCCAGACCCAGGUGUCCAGUCUGCAGCAGUAAAUGUUAUCUGUGAGCUGGCACGGAGAAAUCCCAAGAACUACCUGUCUCUGGCUCCACUCUUCUUCAAACUCAUGACCUCCUCUACUAAUAACUGGGUUCUCAUUAAGAUCAUCAAACUGUUUGGUGCACUCACACCACUAGAGCCACGGUUGGGAAAGAAGCUGAUCGAGCCUCUGACAAACCUAAUCCACAGUACCUCUGCCAUGUCUCUGCUGUAUGAAUGUGUCAACACUGUAAUUGCAGUGUUGAUUUCCUUGUCCUCUGGGAUGCCUAACCACAGUGCUAGUAUCCAGCUCUGUGUGCAGAAACUGCGAAUCCUGAUAGAAGACUCGGACCAGAACUUGAAGUACCUGGGCCUGCUAGCGAUGUCAAAGAUCCUGAAGACCCACCCCAAGUCAGUGCAGUCUCAUAAGGACCUCAUCCUCCAGUGUCUGGAUGACAAGGAUGAGUCCAUCCGCCUCAGAGCUCUGGACCUGCUCUAUGGCAUGGUAUCCAAAAAGAACCUGAUGGAGAUUGUAAAGAAGCUGAUGCUCCACGUGGACAAAGCAGAAGGAACCACCUACAGAGAUGAGUUGCUCACCAAGAUCAUCGACAUCUGCAGCCAGAGCAACUACCAGUACAUCACCAACUUUGAAUGGUACAUCAGUAUUCUGGUGGAGCUGACCCGAUUAGAGGGCACACGGCAUGGCCACCUCAUUGCCUCUCAGAUGCUGGAUGUGGCUAUUCGGGUCAGAGCCAUCCGGGUCUUUGCUGUUGCCCAGAUGGCCACUCUGCUGGACAACGCUCACCUGUUGACAGGCAACAUGCAGCGAAUGGGCAUCUGUGAAGUGUUGUAUGCUGCAGCCUGGAUCUGCGGUGAAUUCUCGGAACACCUGGAGAACCCGAUGCAGACGUUAGAGGCCAUGCUGCGGCCUAAGGUGGCCACCCUACCAGGCCACAUCCAGGCAGUGUACGUGCAGAAUGCAGCCAAGCUGUUUGCCACCGUGCUAAAGAACCAGGAGGGAAACACGGACAGCACAGCAGCACAGGAAACCAGCCAGCUAAUGAUAGACAGGCUGCCGCUGUUUGUCCAGAGCGCCAACCUGGAGGUGCAGGAAAGGGCGUCUUGCAUCCUGCAGCUGGUCAAGUACAUCCAGAAACUGCAACAGAAGGACGUAGAAGUAGCAGAGGAAGUAUGUGCUCUGUUUGCUGGAGAACUCAACCCUGUAGCCCCCAAGGCACAGAAGAAAGUGCCUGUUCCUGAAGGUCUGGACUUGGAUGCCUGGAUCAACGAACCUCCAUCAGAGAGCGAGUCUGAGGAUGAGCAGCCUAAGGCUAUUUUUGCCAAGGAGGAACCCAAACACUCCCGCCCUCGUCACACAGAGGUGGACGAGAAGGAGCUGGCAAGAAGGAGAGAAGCCAGAAAGCAGGAGCAAGCCAACAAUCCGUUCUACAUCAAGGCAUCCCCGUCCUCUCAGAAGGCGUACCAGGAAGCCCCUGGAGUGGAGCACAUCCCAGUCGUGCAGAUUGACCUCAGUGUGCCUCUCAAAGUCCCAGACAUUGCUGUCUUCCGUCCCGCAGGUCUGCCCAUGUCUGACCAGUAUGUGAAACUGGAAGAGGAGCGUCGGCAGAAAGAGAGAGCAGACAAGAAGAAGAAGGAGAAGAAGAAGAGGAAAGAAAAGCGCAGCGGGCGAGGAAGGAAACAUGAUUCAGGACCAGAGAGCGAGGAGGACAUCACGCCUGCCCACAUGGUUGACAUUGUUACCGAGGAGAUGCCAGAGAAUGCCUUACCCAGUGAUGAUGAUGACAAAGAUCCCAACGACCCUCAUAAAGCCCUGGAUAUCGACCUGGACAACUUGGUGGAAGCGGCUGGGCGCAGGCCACUUGCGGACAGUGAGAAGCUACCGGUCAGGGCACACCGUGCAGCAGAGGCUCCAAAAAGCCCGGCAGAAGAUGGAGAAGCAGAGAAUGCCGCUUCACAGGAGCCCAAGAAGAAGAGCAGCAAAGAAAAGAGAGAGAAGAAGAAGGAUAAAGAAAGGGACAGAAAGAAGAGCAAAGAAGAAAAAAAGAAGAAGAAACACAAACAUGAAGAAAAGGGGGAGGAUCUCCUUGGGGGUCAGGCAGACGAGCCUGUGGUCCAAUCAGAAGAAGCCAAUGAGGUGGCUGCACUGCCCACCUCCACCAGUGCCGAGGUUUCGGAUCUGGAUUUCUGGCUCUCAAACGCUCCAGUGCCCUCUAACACCCAGGAAGCAGCAACAGUAGCAGUAGCAGAAGCAGACCCUGUGCCUGAGGCAGCCUCUGGCACGGCGCCAGUCUCCGAGCCCGAUGAGCCCAAAGACACCGAGAUGGAGGAGACUAAGUCCUCCAAACACAAGAAGAAGAAGCAGAAAAAGGAGAAGGAAGAGAAGGAGAAGAAAAAGAAGAAGAAGCAUCAUCACCAUCAUCACCACAGUGAUGGAGGUGGAGAGGGGUCGGUGCAGAAUGGCACUGUGGAGGAAGAAGAGCCUCUGCCGCCCAUGUCCAAUUACUGCCUGCUGGCUGAGAACUCCUACAUCAAGAUGGUGUACGACAUCCAGGGAAACCUGCAGGAUGGCAGUCAGGUGGUGGUGUCUGUUAUAUUUGAAAACAAGUGUGACAGCUUCCUCAAAUCCAUGGAGUUUAACGUCCUGGACUCUCUCAACUCCAAGCUGCAGAGGCCAGAGGGGUCGGGUCCACAUGAUGGCCUCACCGUCCCCUUCCAACUUCCACCUGGGGUUUCCAAUGAGGCACGAUUUGUCUUCACUGUGCAGAGCAUCGUGAUGCCACAGAAACUGAAGGGAACCCUCACUUUCAUAGUAAAGAAUGAGGACUCCUCUACUCAUGAGAAACUGGACUUCAAACUGCACUUUACCUGCACCUCCUACCUAAUCACUACUCCUUGCUACAGCGAUGCGUUUGCAAAGCUGCUCGAGUCGGGCGACCUGAAGUGCAGCUCUGUCAGACUGGAGGGAAUCAACAUGCCCUUCCACCACCUACUGGCCAGGAUCUGCUUCCACCACCAUUUCUCUGUUGUGGAGAGGAUCGACUCCUGUGCCUCCAUGUACAGCAGGUCUAUCCAGGGUCACCAUGUUUGUCUGCUGGUCAAAACUUCUGAUCAGACAGUGUCCAUUGACGCUAAAUGUGACGAGCCGACGCUGCUUGGGAAUGUGCUGGAUGAGAUCAAGCAGACCUUCUCUCAGUGCUGAUUGUGUCCGACAGUCCCAGGGUGCCCCCGACCCCUCCAUGCCACCCCCCCUCUCUCACUCGCUGAAACACAACAUAAUCAUGUUACGAAAACACUGCGGCUGGCACUUCCAGUAUCGCCCUAUUUAUUAGUCCUCAGAUUCGCAAGAUUUCUUUCCCCUUACCGUCUUCUUCUUCACACUCUGUCGUUCCUCCGCACUCCGAGCUCUGUGGUCACUCCCCGACACUUGAUGUUGUUUUACAGACUCACUGUGUACAUGCUUCUUCCCUGCGAUUUCAUUUUUACUUCCUGGUUUUCUAAGCCAAACUGCUCACCGUGUUCCACUCUGACUCUAUACUGAGCUCCUGUUUCUGGAUGCUCUGCACCCUCUGCUCUUUCCCUUGUACCUCUUUGCCCUCCACUCUGUCGGCAAUUCAGUCUGUGACAGUCAUGUAAUGUAAUGUUGACAACUGGACUUUUGCUGUUGAUGGUUGAAUUGUGUUUUUACCGUGUUGAAGGUUUUUUUUGUCUUUGGUUUGUUUUUGUUUGUUGUUUUGUCUCUUUUUUUUUUUUUUUUGUCUGAAACCUGUCUGCGCCUUUGUCUCCUUCCCUUCUUUCUGCUCACUAAACAUCAAUGUGCGUAUUGCUCGUCUGUUGUAGGCCUGGAAAAAAACAUUUGAUUGACUCUUUCUCAGAAUGGUCCUAGCUGGAAAAAUAGGGACGCUAACCUCCUCACCCACCACUGACCUGGGCCUGGAGAAGACCAGACACUGAGCAACUGCAGUGGUAAUAGUGCAGAGAUGAAAACAAAGCUGCAUAUAAGGCAUGGAUUUAAACUUCUUUGUUGGCACUGCAGGCGAUUUGUAGAUCAGUGGUUAUGCUCUGUGCCUUAGCCGUGCAGUCUGACCUACUCCAGUGUAUCAUGCCUCCCAGGUAUAUCCGCUCCCUGAUCAACUGUGCUAAGCUGCAGUUUGCCCCCCCCCCCCUCAAGAACUUCCAACAUAUCAUUCUUUUCACGAAUCAAAGAAUAAUUCGAAGACAGGAGAGUAUGAAAGUGAUUUGAUGGAAUUCUGGCACUAGAGUUGAAGUGUACUCGGGACAGUUUGCUGUCAGGCAUCUUUAUCAGCGCCCUCUUCAACUCACAGAUGGUUUGGUUAGUUGUAUAGAAGAUGUUAUAUUAUGUGAUAUUAUUGUAAUACACAGAAGGAUACUGUUAUUUCUAUGAAAACGCUAUGGUGCUUAGGGCCCUUAUGUGUCUCACCACAUGGUGAAGUUAGUGACAGAAUAAUCUGACAUUAAGAGAGCUGUUACAUCGCUGUCUCUUUUCUCUGAAAAAUCCAAAGUAUGACUGGCUAAGGGAUGACAAAGUUACACUAUCGACAUGUCUUUAUUCUUAAAAGCAGCUGCAUAUCAGGUUGCUGAAGUUGUUCUCUCUGUAAGCAGAGACUGUUAAGUGGUUUUAGGUUCUCUUUCAAUCAGUAUUAGGCGACAUGGCUUCCACUAUAAGGAAGCUUCCACUCUGUCAACAGAAGAAUGCAGUUUUGUCUGUCUUCAUGUGAAAUCAUGUGAAACCUUUUACGCCUGUGCCACUUUGACAUUUGCAUCACAGUAGCUGCAUCCGAGCUGGGCGACACCCAGCUGGCGUGCACCCAGAUAAACCCCAAUGUUCCUUUACCCUUCAGAAACUGCCUUGCCACUUUUUUUUUUUUUUUUGUUCAUUGACAUGUUAUGAUGAACAUGAAUGGCCAUAUUUAAAAAAAAAAAAAAGAAAAGGAAUGGCCGCCUCUUAGAACUCUCUGAGGUAUUGAUGUUUGUUUGUGUCAUUCAUGUCUUAAAGUCACUACCCGGUCCAGCACGACAUAACCUAGUAGUAGCAAGAUAAAAACUGACUCGGGUGCGUCUCUGAUCAUAUUUACUGGUAAGGCCCUCUUCGCGUCUGUCUGCUAUUGUAGAUAACAACUAUGAUAAUGAUGUCUGUGACCUGAAGACCAGGUCAGCCAUUCCAUGAGAUUUUGUGUCCAUUAGUAGAGUCUGAAUACAGAGGUGAUCAGCUGUAUUUCAGGAAUGUCAAUAGAAAAUAAGUAUGUAUGUAUUCCCUGUUCCUGAAAAUGACUGAAAAAACACCCUCCCCUAAUCAUACAUUGUCCUAAUUCUGAUCUUUUUUUCCCCUGUGCAUUAUAUUUCAUUAAAAUUUGUAUAUUGCAUGAUUAGGAAUGUACACUUUUUAUUUCCCUUAAUUUUCUGUCCCAUUGACAUGCUUACACAAACAAAAACUUGUCAUUCCAUUUUGUCCUUUUUCUUUGUUGUUUUUUUUUUAUGAGGUUUACUUGACCAUUCUCUAUUUUUGAUGGUAUUGUGUUUUUAUCUAUUUUAAGUUCAGACAAUUUAAAAAAGAAAAAGAAAAAAGCAGUGAUAUCUUUGAAUGUUUUAAAUUAUUAAACACAAGAGGAAGGAAGGGGGUUCUAUUUGGCGUCAUGAUACUGAGGGCAUGGUACUCCAAAUGUUGAGUUGAGUAGAAGAGGCCACAUGAAGCAGUGUACUGAGAGGCAACCCACUCUGUCUUAAUUCUCUAUUGGUUCAGUUGUAGUGAGUUAUUUUACCAAGUUUGGCUUGUGACAUUGAAAUAUACUCUCAUAUGACUCUGA